AUGGCUGUUAAGGAUUAUUCAAUUCGUGUGGUUGGGAGGGAAUAUAUUGUGACAAAGAGCAAUCGUACGGUCUUCAGAGUAAAGUGUAAGCACUAUGGAAAAAAUGGUUGCGGGUGGAGAGUGACUGCAUCGUAUAAACCACAUUUAGAAUGUUGGCAGUUAAUUACAGUGAUGCCCGACCACAGGUGUAUCCCAGAUGAUGUAUCGUUGGGACACAGAAACUUGGAUGUUAACAUGAUAGCAAAUUUACUAAAGGAGUUUGUAAAAAGAAGUCCGGCAUAUGAGUUAGAAAAUGUGGAGAGAGCGGUGAAAAUAGAAUUUGGGUUUGAUAUUUCUUAUUCAAAGGCUUGGGAUGGCUUGAAAAGGGCUAUUGAAGAUUUUUAUGGGACAUGGGAGAGUUCAGUGCAAGAACUCCCAACCUAUAUGGAAACUCUUCAAAAUGUGGAUAGAACUCAUUUAUAUGAAAAAUACAAGCAUGUGAUGUUGAUUGCCGCUACUAUAGAUGCUAACCACCAUGUGCUGCCAUUAGCAUUUGCCAUUGUUGAUACAGAUUGUACUGAAUCUUGGUUAUGGUUUCUUCAGUUAGUAAGCAGAUAUAUUGUGCAGGAUCGGUAUCACACGUGUCUCAUAUCUGAUAGACAUGUUGGGAUAACAAGUGCAGUUGAGCGUAUUCCUGCUUUCCACCCUCCUCAUGGCCGACAUCGAUUUUGCCUUAGACAUGUAUGUUCCAACUUCAACCAAUACGUUAAAGAUGUAAGACUGAAGGAUAUGUGCUGGAGGGCAGGGACAUCCAUUGAUCUAUUGGAGUUUAAUGAAACAAUAGCGGCCAUUCAACUUCUAAAUCAAGCAGCUUAUGAUUGGCUUAACAGAAUUGACAAGAGCAAAUGGGCCAUUGCAUAUGACGAAGGGUGGCGACAUGGUAUACUAACAACCAAUUUGUCGGAAUGCAUUAAUGGUGUAUUAAAAUGGGCACGACGACUACCGAUCACUGCUCUAGUACAGUUGACAUACGAUCGUGUGGUUUUAUUUUUUGUUAAGCGGUUGCAUGAUGCUUGA